AUGAUACAGCUCCAAGUAACAACGCCAUCAUGUUCCAACAGUAGCACCCUUUAUCGUAUACCUCCAGCUAAACAGCGUCAAAGACACUGCGCAGACUCACUUCCAUACAUCGUCCACACUCAACCAGGACAACACCACCACAAUCAAUCAACAAAGCCACUUACCAUCCAGAGGACAGCGUAUGUCGCAUUAAGAAUUGUAACCGCAGAUUCCACAGAAAGAAGCCUCUGGUCGAAAAUCCUACAACAUUCUCCAAUAGAGAAUACUAGCCACCCGGGCCGUAAUUUCAUUUCCUCGCUUCUUGAUAAGUCUUCCUUCAAUGGCCCAAACGGGCAUCCCAUGUGCCUAGUCAGCGAGGUUGCUGGCUGCAGUGUUGCUGAAUAUAAGGAGAAUGGUCCCAGUAUCAAAUUCCCUUGGCAUAUAGCAAAAGCAACUGUCGCUCGGCCAACUUCCAGGACCCCAUCAUCACCCCCAGCCGCCGAUAUAUGGACCCUUGGGUGUACGCUCUACGAUAUCCUCGGCGAACGACUCCUCUUCGAAACCUGGUCAGAUAGUCCAGAUGAUAUUGUUUGGGAGAUGGUCAGUAUGCUAGGUAAAUUGCCGGAGAGAUGGUGGCAGAGAUCAGACUUUGCUAUUUUCUCGAAGACAGCAGAGUCCUGGAGCUUGAGUUUGCGGGUUAGGUCUCUGGAUCAACGACUGUGGCAGAUGGGAAUGCUGGCUUAUGAGCCGUCGAAGAGGGUGUCGGUGCGUGAGGUUAUGGAGUCGGAGUUUAUGUUUAGAUUUUGUUUGGGUAUAUGUUUACUAGGAAGCACUGUUGGGUUGCUUUCAGAGUAUAUAAGCUAUGGUAGUGAUUUACAGCUCGCAUGCUCUGAUUUUACAGCUGGCAAAUGCUUGGCUAUUAGGGCCUUUACUAAAGAGAUGAAGUUGUUCCUUCUAAACAAGAGGAAAUUUGAUAUCACUGUCUAUAUGAGUCUAUCCAUGACACAUCGUGGAACCACUUAUGGUACACAGUCAUUAUUGUAA